AUGGAGCACCUCUCCAUAGAAGACCCCUCCCACCAGGGCCAGCCGGUCCUGGGCGGCGGCGUCCCUCCCCCGCAACAGCAGCAGCAGCUGCCGCCGCAGAUGUUCACGACGGCCGCCCAGCUCCUCGACCUCACCGACAGUAAGGGCGCCUCUUUGAACGUUGGCGAGAGACGGGCAAACCUCGUUCUCCAGAACACAGUCGAGCGCGUCUUCGCCCCGCACCCGGCGCCGCCGCGCAGCGAUGCCGCGGCGGCGACGACGCCGUCACCAGACCAGCAGCCGCGCGGCGGCCUCUACGCCGACAUUAAGCGCGGCGUCUUCCUCGUGCGCGGCGAGAACGUGCUGCUCCUCGGCGAGAUUGACCUCGACAAGGACGACGACCCGCCGCCGGGCUACGAGCUCGGCGAGCCCGAGGUCGUGCACCGCCUUGCCGAGGCGCGCAAGGACGCCGACAAGGGCAAGGAGAAGGCGAGGCUGCGCAAGCUGGCGCGGAGCGGCUUUGAGGGCGAGAACAUGGGCGAGAUACUCCUGUGA